AUGAAGGCCUCACCCAUGAAGGCCUCACCCAUGAAGGCCUCACCCAUGAAGGCUACCAGCACUUCUCCAGGUUCCUCAUCAAAAGUGAUUCCUCUUGCACACCUGAACCCCUACCAAAGCAAGUGGACUAUCAGAGCCCGAGUAUCCAACAAAUCCAGUAUCCGCACCUGGAGUAACUCCAGAGGCGAGGGCAAGCUCUUCUCCUUUGAGAUAGUGGAUGAGAGUGGAGAAAUCAAGAUCACAGCCUUCAACAACGAAGUGGAUAAGUUUUUCUCUCUAGUGGAGCAAGGCAAGGUGUACUUCAUCACCAAGGCUACCCUGAAGGUGGCCAAUAAACAGUACACCACGCUGAAGAACGACUACGAGAUGACCCUCCACGCUCAGUCGUCCAUCGUGCCAUGUGAUGACAGUCAAGACAUCCCCGCUGUGCACUGUGACUUUGUGCCCAUCGCUGAGCUGGAGAACAGAGACAAGGACGCCGUCAUCGAUGUGAUUGGAGUGUGCAAGAGUGCGGAUGAUGUAUCCCGUAUCACCACGAAGAACAGCAGAGAAGUCUCCAAGAGGGCCCUCAACCUAAUAGACACAACUGGCAAAGUGGUUACGGUCACAGUGUGGGGAGAGGAGGCCGAGAAGUUUGACGGCUCUCGGCACCCGGUGGUCGCCAUCAAAGGAGCUCGCUUGUCUGAUUAUGGAGGCAGAUCUCUCUCUGCUUCGUUCAGUUCAACAGUCUUGGUCAACCCAGACUUACCGGAGGCGUUUAGUCUGCGGGCCUGGUACGACCAGGGAGGAUACGCCAUCGACAGCCAAUCCCUGACUGAGACGAGGUCAGUGGGCAGCGGAGCAAGGACGAACUGGAAAACGCUGAGCGACGUCAAGAAUGAAAAGCUGGGACACGGAGAGAAGGUGCAGUGGAUGCAUACACGGCACAUAGCAGUGCGUGCACGCAAGGCACAUAGCA